AUGAGAUCAGCCCUUCUCGUCACGGCGGCCCUAUCCCUGCAGGGGGCUGCGGUAGCCUCGGUCUUCCAGGAUCUGUCGCAGGGGUUUCUGGACCCCUACUUCAGCGUCUCGUCCAAUGGGUCGGCCAUCUGCGUCUCGGGUCUGAUCGCCGUGCCCGUCAACGCGACGAAUACGAAGCUGCUGCUGGCUGAGCCUGUCAACCAAACCCAGGUGACGGAGAUCAUCCAAGAGAACUUCCAGGCCUCCUCCACCCUCUCCACCACCACGGACGGCGGCUCCCUGCAGAUCAAUGCGGUCUACAACAUUGAUGCCACCCUGUGUGUGCCCGCCGCAGCGCCCAGCACCAGCACCAUCCAGGUGCUCACCCAUGGCGUUGGCCUGGACAAGUCCUACUGGGACAUUGCCGCGGACUACAGCUAUGUCGACGCCGCCGCCAGCGCGGGCCACGCCACGCUGGCCUACAACCGCCUGGGAGUGGGCCAGUCCAGCCAUCCGGAUGCCAUCCAGGUCGUCCAGGCCCCGGUGGACGUCAGCGUCCUGCACGGGCUCACGACCCUCCUGCGCACCGGCCACGUGGGCAGCCAUGCGUAUGCCACGGUGAUCGGGACCGGCCAUUCGUACGGAUCGAUCGUGCAGCUGGCACAGAACGUGAACUUCCCGUCCGACGUGAAUGCCACCAUCCUCACGGGCUUCACAACUACCUUCACCUAUCUGCCCUACACCGUCUUUGCCAACAACCCGGCCAUCGCCCGCCAGGCGGAUCCGGCCCGGUUCGGCAAUCUCUCCAACGGCUACCUCGUCACCGACACCCGCAUCUCCUUCCAGCUGCCGUUCUUCCGCUCGCCCUACUUUGAUCCGAAGAUUUUCGAGCUCCAAUUCCAAGCCCGCAACACCUACACCGUUGGCCAACAACUCACCCUGUCCGGGAUUUACGCCGUGGCAUCUAGCUACCGUGGCCCUGUCGCCGUCGUGGCCGGCGAGUACGACUUCGCUUUCGGCGGGGGUGCUGUGACGGAGAGCCUGCUGGCUUCGACCCUGGAGACCCUGUAUCCCGAGGCGGCCGCGGGGUCCACGUCCUACGUCGUCCCCAACUCGGGGCAUGUCAUCAAUGCGCAUUACUCGGCCCAGCAGCAAUUCAGCCAGAUCAAUGCGUUUUUGGAGUGCAAUGGCUUUUAA